AUGGCUGCCAGACACACACUGAACUUGACACCCUCUGCCAAUGCAAACAGGAUUCCAUAUGAGGACUUUUACCAUAAGUCUGCACAUGGUUUAGCCAAGCAGCUACAUGUCUUUGUCUGCCUUGCAUGGGUCCACCUCCCCAAGAAAGAUCAUGCAGGCAAGCACAGCACAAGAGCCAUUCCAGGAAUCAUGGUUGGCUAUGACAACAAGCACAAAGGCUGGAAAUUCUAUACCCCUGGCCACACCCCAUCUAUACAGUGGAGCAAUUCAGCUAUGUUCCAUGAAGCCAAAGGUUGGCAUGAUCAGCCCAGAGUGCAGAGCCCACUGCAGUUUGGGUUUGAGAGCCUUGAGGCAGAAGGUGCUAAACCAGAGACAGACAGCUAUGAGCCUGAACUGGAGGUAGAAGUGCUUGACAUGCAGAACCCACUUCCCCACACACACACUGCACUGCCUGCCAACCCUACUGAUGACAACAGAUCAGAGAUUGCUGUUGAAGAGAUGAUUGGAGAGGCACACAUGGCUGUCCUGAACCUCAUGCUGAUGCUGAAGGAAGCACUCACCAGUGACAAUGCACAACAAUGGCAGGAAGCCAUAUGCAAGGAGCUGGAUGGGUUUGAGGCAAUGGGAACAUGGGAAAUUGUGGACAUGCUGCCAAGCACCAAACUUGUCAACUCCAAAAUUGUCCUCUGCCUCAAGCUGGAUGCUGAUGGCAUACCUGUUUGGCACAAAGCGAGACUUGUCACACAAGGUUUCACACAGCAGGAGGGUAUCGACUUCAAAGAAACCUUUGCACCUGUGGCACCACUCAUUGCAAUAAGAGCCCUGUUGUCCUUGGCAGUGGAGUGCAACUGGGAAGUCCACCAGCUUGACAUCACAAUGGCUUACCUCAACUCCAUGCUCAAACAUGUGAUUUACAUGAAACCACCAGAGGGUGCUAAGGUGCCAAAAGGGAAAGCUUACCAAGUUGUCAAGGGACUAUAUGGCCUUAGACAAUCAGGACAGGAAUGGAACAUGGAGUUUGAUAAGUUCCUCCAGUGCUCAAAUUUCCACAGGCUUGACUCCCCAAAGCUGGAAACAGUCAAGUGUAUCAAGGAGGAAAUAGAAGCAAAGACCAUGGACCUCAAGCAAACCAGCUACAUCAAGCAACUACUGGAUGAACACUUGGACAAGUGCAGAAGAAAGUCUAGCAUACCACUUCAAGACAUCCCAGUCCCAGAAACAGCAGCAAGCAUAGCAGAGCAGAAGGAGUACCCACAGAUUGUCAGCAAACUUCUGUGGCUCUCCAAUGGAACACAUCUGGACAUCAGCCCAGCCAUUGGUGUCCUUGCACACUACAUGACACAGCCAUCAAAGGAGCAUUACAACACAGCACAGAAAGUACUCCAAUACUUGGACCACACAUGGGAUGUCCAUUUGCAAUAUGGCAGCAACAAGCAACAAGAUUUCCUGACAGUGCAUAGUGACACAAACUGGGCAAGUGACACUACAGUGCAGCAUAAAAGCUCAUCUGGCUCAGUGGUGUUUGUGUAUGGAAAUCUGGUAGCAUGGAAGUCAGCACUACAGCACUGCACUGCCUUAUCAGCAGUGGAAGCAGAAUUUGUGGCUGCAACAGAAGCUGCACAGGAAGUCCUGUUCUUCAAACACCUCUUCAAGGCCAUCAGAAUUGAUGUUGGUAUCCCCACAAUCUUUUCAGACAACACUGGCACCAUUCAGGUUAGCAAGGACCCCACACAACAUUGGAAGUUAAAGCACAUUGACACCAAGUACAACUUCAUCAUAGAUAACAUGCAAGAUGGAAAGGUUAAAAUCAAGUACAUUAACACUGCAGACAACUUGGGAGAUGUCUUUACCAAACCAGUGGGGAAGGAUGCAUUACAGCAUGUGUGA